AUGUCGCCCGAUGACAUUGAGACUAAGACCUGCCACGACCAACAGUCGCAGAUGUCGCACGAAAUUCAAUACAUGUCGCCCGAUGACAUUGAAGCCAAAACCUGUCAUGAGCAACCUAUCACCUAUCAUAAAACGUGUCAUGAUCCACCCAUGAAUUUUCAUCAUCCCCCACCUCCUCCACCUAUCAUUGCCACUAGCGAUGUGAUUGCUAACCCUGGUCCUCUUGGUCUUUGUGGUCUCGCUUUGACGUGCUUUGUAUUAUCGCUCCACAAUGCUGGUGCUGGUGUUUCCUCCACAGGACCUAAUAAUGUUGUCACUGGCCUUGCACUAUUCUAUGGUGGAAUGAUUCAGGUUCUUUGUGGCAUGUGGGAGUUCAAGACUGGCAAUACUUUUGGUGCUACGGCAUUCGCUAGCUAUGGGGCCUAUUGGCUCUCUUAUUCUGUUAUUUCCAUGCCAUGGUCAGGCAUCCCUGGAGCCUAUUCAGCUGCCGAUCCUUCUCAAUUAGCAGGCUCUUUGACUAUUUACAUGAUUGCUUGGGCUAUCUUUUCUGGUUUCAUGUUGAUCGCUUCUCAUCGCUCAUCGAUCGGCAUGGUCUUAUUGUUCUUUUGCCUGUUCCUGUUGUAUGUCCUUACAGCCGCUGCCGAAUACAAUUCCAGUGUCAGCAUUCGCACGGCAUCUGGUUGCGUUGGUGUUGUCACCUCCUUUGUUGCAUGGUACAACGCCUUUUCAGGUUUAUUAACCAAGCAAUCCUCCUUCUUCCAACUCCCUAUUGGCAGUCUAUCUUAA